AUGCCAGGCCUUCCGACUAGCAUUGACUUGGACGAGUGUAUCGAACGGAUCUACAAACGCGAACUGCUGGCAGAUUCGGUUAUUGAAGCGAUAUGCUCCAAAGCAAAGGAGCUGUUGAUGAAAGAGAGUAAUGUCGUACAUAUUGCUGCUCCGGUUACUGUUGUCGGCGACAUACAUGGCCAGUUUUACGACUUGAUUGAGAUUUUCAAGAUUGGCGGAUUCUGUCCAAACACAAAUUACCUCUUCCUUGGUGACUAUGUCGAUCGAGGACUGUUUAGCGUGGAGACGAUCUCCUUGCUUAUCUGUUUAAAGCUCAGAUACCCCGAAAGAGUCCAUCUGAUUCGAGGAAACCAUGAAUCGCGGGGUGUCACGCAGUCAUACGGGUUCUACACCGAAUGCGCUCGAAAAUACGGCAACGCCAAUGUCUGGCACUACUUCACCGACAUGUUCGACUUCCUUACUCUCAGCGUUGUUAUAAACAAUCAGAUCUUCUGCGUCCACGGCGGCCUGUCUCCUUCCAUUCACUCGAUAGACCAGAUCAAGAUCAUCGACCGGUUCCGCGAGAUACCUCACGAGGGUCCCAUGGCCGAUCUAGUCUGGUCGGACCCAGACACAGAACGUGACGAGUUUUCUUUAUCUCCUCGAGGUGCAGGUUACACUUUUGGAGCACAAGUGCUGUGCCAGGAAGGUUACCAGGUCCUAUACGACGACCGACUGAGUACCGUAUGGAGUGCGCCGAACUACUGUUAUCGGUGUGGGAAUUUAGCGAGUGUGCUAGAGGUCAGCGAUACUGGUGAACGGUUCUUCAACAUCUUCGACGCCGCGCCGGAGAACAACGAUGUCCAUCGUGGAGACCAAACGGCCCAGCAGGGGAAAGACGGACAGAAUCCUGUGAUUGAGUACUUCUUAUGA